UGCAGAGUUCUAAAUGAGAGUGGUUCUGAUUGAAGAAGAAUAUAACUCUCUGAAUUGCAGAGUUCAGAAUAAGAGUGUGUUUUGAUUGAAGAGGAAUAUAACUGUCUGCAAUAUUUGAGUCAGAUUUAAUCCACAAGAAAGAUCUCUGAUGGAUGCUUGGAAAAUGGGUCGGGCCAGGAUUCCCAUGAAGUUGAUUUCUAAAGAUGCUUCAAGGAAUUUGACAUUUUUGAAGAGGAAGAAAGGAUUGAAAAAGAAGGUUGAAGAGUUGAGUAUUCUUUGUGGAGUGGAUGCCUGCAUGGUCUGCUUUGGGCCUAAGGCACACCAACAAAUAUCUCAAGAGCAGCAUGUUGAUGUAUGGCCUGAUAUGUCCGAAGCUCUAGAGGUCAUUGAGAGAUACAGAAGGCUUCCUAAGGAAGAACAAGACAAGAAGAAGCUUGAUAAUUCCAGUUUCUUACAACAGAGGAUAAAUAAACUCAAGUUUGAAUUGGACAUGAAGAAGAAGGAGAAUGGAUAUCUUGAGAUGGGCAUGAAGUAUCCUUGCUGGGAUAACUGUUUGAAUGAUCUCAGUGUUGAAAAGCUCAGGGACUUGAUUAAGUAUAUAGAUGUCAAGCUAGAAACGAUUGGUGAUAGAAUAAAUUUUCUUACAAGAACAGAGCGUGAGAUUUUUUGUACUGUUGGUGCUGAAAACAAUGGAGUUCCAUCCAAAGAGAUGGAAUAUAUUGUUAGGCAGCCAUUAAUGGAACCAUAUCAUUCUCCAACUUAUCAGAACGAAGAGAGAAUGAGUUUAACAACUGGUCGUUUACAACCCUAUUUAAAGAGGGAAGGACAUUUCUCCAGAAACCCUCUUGCAACAACAAUGAUUGAUUAUUCCUCCAAGGCCAAUCCCAAUAUUCUCAGAGCAAUGGAGGACUAUCAAUAUGCAGGUGACUAUCAAUAUGCAGGUAAUCCCUGGACUCACAACAUUAACAACAGUAAAGAUAAGAUGAAAAUAACUGCUAUGGACAAUUUUCAGCAUGAUAGAAUUAUCCAAGAUGCUAGUCAGGAAUACCCUAUAAUCUCUAAUCAUGUUCACUCCAAUGUUAGUUUGUUACGAAACUAUUCAGACCAAUGGAUAGCAUGUUGCACUAUCUUUUCUCCUUGUCCUAAACAUUCUACUAUGGGUUCCAAUGGAUCACAAACUGCAACAAUUUCAUCAAGAAUUGGGGAGAGUAAAAUAGAAAGUGGGUCAUCCUAAAACUCUUGGAGCUUUGAUUUUCACCUUCGAGAACAAAAUAUAAGAUGCAUUUGCUGCUGUUUGAAUGUGCAUGAAUUGGCAGAAGGCAUUUCUCAAAAAUUUUGGAGCCAUGAUUUAGGGUGAGGAAGUAUGGAGGUUACAGUGGUAUUGAAAUUGUAGAUUUUGUGGAGGCCUUUGUCUCUUCUGAAGAAUUGGUGAAAGGCAUUUUUCAAAAAUUCUAGAGCUAUGGUUGUAGGAUGAGGAAAUAUGGAGGCUACGAUGGUCUUGACAUUGCAGAAGGCUUUGGCUCUUUUGUGCAGGCACAUGUCCUCUGUAUGCAAUAUUUAAGUAUUUAUUUAUGCAGGGUUUAGGGUUGUAGUAUCAUGUUUCCUCGAAGAGGUUUUAUUGCAGGUACAUCAAUUUAAAAGGGUUCUGUUGACAUUGUGGUGUAGGUUCUAGACCUCUAAAAUUUCAAAGACAGUUCUAAUGACUAAUCCUUAGCUUGUUCUAUUUUGUGAACCUUUUUAAAACUCUCACUCUUUAUUUUAUAGGGCUUCUAAGCUUCUAGACAAGCUGUGUCUGAAAUUUUUU